CUUCACUCUUUGCCCAAAUCCCACGAAUCUUUACUGGUAGCACUUCGAAUCAUCCCACUGACCGGAUGAGUGACGUUUUACAUGUAUAAUUGACAAUCCCAUCUUGUCUCCUGAUAAAUAAUCCUCCUGCCCUUUUCAGCCCGCAAUCAUGGCCCGCAAUAGCGAAAAAGCACAGUCGAUGCUUUUCCGCUUUCGCGCCGCCCAAGCUGCCGACCUCGGAAUCCUCGACAUCGGCCGAACCCGCCGCCCCAAGGCCAUCACAUCUGUCGACUCCAUACCCAUCUGCGAGAAAUGGCGCGGCCAAGUUCUCAAAGAGAUCUCGCGCAAAGUCACGCGCAUCCAGGACCAGAGUCUGAGUGACUACCAGAUUCGCGAUCUGAACGAUGAGAUCAACAAGCUGAUGCGAGAGAAGUGGAUGUGGGAGGUGCAGAUAAGGAAUCUGGGUGGUCCCAACUAUACGCGUGGAGGUGGGAGGGUGUAUGAUGAAGAUGGGAGAGAGAUACCUGGUGGUGGGAAGGGUUAUAGAUAUUUUGGGAGAGCGAGGGAGUUACCCGGUGUGAAGGAGAUGUUUGAGGCUGCGGCGAGGAAGAGAAGUGCGGACGAGUUGGAGGACUCGGGUGGAGGGCAGAAUGAGAUGUUAAGGAAGCAUGUCGACGCUGCGUAUUUCGGAUAUGGGUUGGAUGAGGAAGAUGGUACGCUGCUCGCAUACGAGGUUAAGAAGGAGAAGGAGGCGUUUGAAAAUAUGUUGAAAAGAGGGGACGGCCCCGUCGAUGAUGGUUGGCAGCCUCUCCCUGGGGAUGGGGGCGAUGGCGUCGAAUGGAGAGUGCCUACACUGGACGAGGUCCAGGUAGAGUUGGUGGACAGACGAAGACGAAAGUUACUGGAUAAAAUCCUUUGACACAUUUGAUAUUCUGGGGCUUUGGAUCUGUGAUGAUUCCCUUUGGCUUUCUGCAUGGUUUGCGGAUGGAGUUGGGCAUCUUUUUCUUGUUCGCUAU